GUAGCGACUGGACAAAUAUUAGCGGAUUGUUUACGGUUCACCAUUCAGCGCAUGAUCGACACAUUCUUGGCCUGUUAUCGGCAGUCGGUAAUAUGAGGGCACAUUCCAUGCUUUUAAAAAACUUUAAAACCCAAACGGAAACACAUAUUAUGAUGCUGUUGGUUACUGCUGUGUUACUGUCACAGAUAACUCUCUUAUACGGAGCUCCAGGGUGUAUUGAUUUAAAGAAAGAGUUUUCAGACUUCAAGAUUGGGAGGAAACCACUCAAGAAUUCAGAUGGAACAUGCCCCCUGUCCCGGACAUGCUGCAGUUUAGAAGUGGAAUCAGCGGUGCUGAACAACACAGUCAAGAGCUUGAAACGAGUUGUUAAUCACGAGGUUAGCGAAAUCAGGAACACGCUCAACACUGUCAAGGACAUGACUGCAGGAACGAUGGUACAGAUGAUGGAGGAGCUGGUACCAGAUGAUAUAAAAGAAAACAUAGACCUCAACAGGAUUGGAGCUGCAAUCUGGCAGUACACUCUAGGAGAGAUCACUGCCUACAACCUCACUAUAGAAGUUGCGGUGAUUGGGAGCAGUUUGCUGUUCACAGACAAAGCUGCACAAGAUCUGAUAGACAUGACACAGUGUAUUAUCAGAGAGCUGGGUACACAUGCUACUGAAGCCUUCCUGAAAAUAUCUGCUAUCGUGGAAAAUCAGCUUGAAGCCCCGAAAACGUUCGGAGAUGGUUUUGUGGUAGCAGAUACCCUGUUAAACUCAAUAGAAGACUUCGACCUUCCGGAGGACUGUACCUACGGCCAGUUACUGGGAUGUCGAAGAUGUGGAGUCAAGACGCCUGAAGUUUGUAGGUCUACUUGCACUGCCUCGGCCAACCACUGUCUUGCUAAUGUUUACGAUCAGUCCUCACUGUGGACUCAGUGGGUUGAGAGUUUAACACGAUUGGUUGAUGCCAUGGUUCUCAUGAAAGACAUCGUGAUAGACCCAAAAGAUAUAGUUACUCCUGAUCUCAUUGAAGAAGUAACACAAGACAUCAUGUCCUCAAUGGUCAACGUAAACUUUAAGCAGUGCCGUGGAGUUGGUAAACGAUCAGUAUUUUCGUACAACCCAGAAGGAUUGAGAAGUAAGAGACAGAUGAGCGAAGGACAGCAGCUCAACUUAAUUCUAUCUGGCUUCUUCAGCAGCUACACCCUUAAUAGAAACUCAUGUAAACAGUCAUCCUCUGACACUAAGUGCUGGCUGGGACAGGGAGUAGGAAACUACGACAGAAGUGCAGCAGACAACAAACCAAGUCGGGAAACCAAAUCCCACUCGCCUGUCACAGACUCUCCAGCUGCUAUUGAAGUUAACAACUAUGUCCGAAAAGUGGACAAUGUAAUUUCUACGAUUCAUGCAAAAGUGCGAGAGCAAAGAUCAAGAGUGCCAGUUCCAGAUGGUUACAGUAUGUAUAGCAGCAGCACUUCAUCGUUAUACAGCAACUCUGCCCUUCGCCUCUUAGGAUUACUCAUCACUUUUCUGUUCUACAGAUGAAAAAAUAGUUAUAUUUGAACUCUUUUAGGAUUUUACUUUUUAGGAUCUCUUUUAUCUAACGGCGUUUUAGUUUUGAACUGAAGAGCGUGGCCGUAUGGUCCAAAAACAAAACUAUAAACUGGAAGCAUGAACAAAAAGCAUAAACGACUUUAUUGUGACUUCUAAAUUAUUUAACUUAAUUAUUUGUAAUUUAUUAUUUGACAUUAAAUUAUAGUUCAAUCGAAGGAGAUUUGUUAUAAUAGCGAUUCAAAUUUCGUUAAUAUCAUACUGUAAUGUGUCAGGAACAUUUAUGUAGUAGUUUGAUUUUAUUCGGAUUGUUGAUAAUAAUGCGAUUAUCUGUAUCUUAUUAUUCAACAUAUUCAACUUAUUAUUCAACAAAUUAUUGGUAA